UGGGUGCUGUUGCUGCGCGGUGGAUUCGUUGCGCCGCCGCCGGGAUCAUGGUGUUCUACUUCACCAGCAGCAGCGUUAACUCAUCUGCUUACACUAUUUACAUGGGCAAGGAUAAAUAUGAAAAUGAAGAUCUAAUAAAGUAUGGCUGGCCUGAAGAUAUUUGGUUUCAUGUGGACAAACUCUCUUCGGCUCAUGUAUACCUUCGAUUACAUAAGGGGGAGAAGAUAGAAGACAUUCCAAAGGAAGUACUGAUGGACUGUGCCCAUCUUGUGAAGGCCAAUAGCAUUCAAGGCUGCAAGAUGAACAACGUUAAUGUGGUAUAUACACCGUGGUCUAACCUGAAGAAAACAGCUGACAUGGAUGUGGGACAGAUAGGCUUUCACAGGCAAAAGGAUGUGAAAAUUGUGACAGUGGAGAAGAAAGUGAAUGAGAUCCUGAACCGAUUAGAAAAGACCAAAAUGGAGCGGUUCCCAGACCUAGCAGCAGAGAAAGAAUGCAGAGACCGUGAAGAGAGGAAUGAGAAAAAAGCCCAAAUUCAGGAAAUGAAAAGGAGAGAAAAGGAAGAGAUGAAGAAGAAGAGGGAAAUGGAUGAACUUAGGAGCUAUUCAUCACUAAUGAAAGUUGAGAAUAUGUCUUCAAAUCAGGACGGCAAUGAUUCAGAUGAAUUCAUGUGAAUGGAGAAAAGGACCUUUUAAGGAUAUGAAUUUAGGGACAGUUGCAGAUGUUUUGAUUUCAUCUAUGUUCUGAGUUAUAAAAAACAACCAACCAAAAUUCUACAUUCAGUUCUACACAAUUACCAACUUUGGAGUUUUAAAGAAAAUUGUUCUUCUGUUUGCUGACAGAAAAGGAUCAGUUAUAUAUAAUAUAGUUGGACUUGAAGACAGCAUAUAACUUUAGGAAAGUGAAAAUAUUUUUGCCUGAACAUGUCUUUGUACCUCAUGAAAGUUGGCUGCCCUUAUUCUUGGGAUAGACUUUAGAACAAGCCACCUCUGAAAAGUAUUUCUGUUGCUGUGGUCUGUCCCUGAAAACAGAUGCCUUGAAAAGCUUUUCAUAUUCUUAAAAUAGCCUCACUUCUGUUAAGAA